UAAGGACAAAAAAAGCUACUCCUCUCCUUCACCAUCUCCUCCUUCAUUUUCUGCCAUCCCCCUUUUUUCUCUCCCUUCUUCACUUCACUUCAAUUCACACACCCAUCCCUCUCUUCCUCCCUCCUUACCGCCGACACUCCGCUCAUCUUGCCCUCUACCACCACAUGCCCCAGAGAAAAUAUGCAUUGUGCAGCCCUGCUCCUGAAUUAACUCAACACACUCCUCCUGCUACUGGCAGGCAAGACCCUCCACUUUCCCCCCUCUCUCAAGAGAAGAUAGCAAAGAGAGAGAGAGAAAGAAAGAAAGAAAGAAAGAAAGAAAGAAAGAAAGGAAGAAUAGGACAGAAGAGAAAAAAAGAACAGAACAGUCACCCUUUGCCUCUUUGAACCUCCACCUUAACGUACUUUUCUCUCCGGCUCCCCUGUCCACCCCCCUUCCCCCUCUUCUCUGCCGGCAGUCUGAGGAGACAGAGUUGGAUGUGAGAGGCGGUGUGGUGUGGAGAGAACGAGAUCGAGAGAGGGCACGCGAGUCCACGGCCAGAGCCAGCAGCAGGAGCAGCAGCAGCGGUGCAGGGGGAGGAGGAGGAGAAGGAGAAAGCUCCAUGCAGUUCAGCACCAGACCGGCCAGCGCCGAGCCGGGCUUCAUGGGGACAUGGACACAGCAGAGCACUGACAGCAACCUCCUCUUCAGAAUGUCCCAGCAGGCCAUCCGCUGUACUCUGGUAAACUGCACAUGUGAGUGUUUCCAGCCUGGAAAAAUCCACCUCCGGACAUGUGACCAGUGCAAGCAUGGAUGGGUCGCGCAUGCUCUAGACAAGCUGAGCACACAGCAUCUCUACCACCCGACGCAGGUGGAGAUUGUACAGUCCAAUGUGGUGUUUGACAUUAGCAGUCUGAUGCUGUAUGGGACUCAGGCAGUACCUGUGAGGUUGAAGAUCCUGCUGGACCGUCUGUUCAGCGUUCUCAAACAGGAAGAGGUUCUGCACAUCCUCCAUGGCCUGGGCUGGACCCUGAGAGACUAUGUUAGAGGCUACAUACUACAGGUAAAUUAAAAACUAAAA